AUGUCUGACGUAAGUUCUAUUUCCAUCAAAAGCAGUGGUGACGUGCCUAAAUACUUGGGUCUCAAAGGUCCCAAGCUUAAUACAGCCAUUACCACGUUGUGUGGUGUUGGUUUCCUUUUAUUCGGUUACGACCAGGGCGUUAUGGGUUCGCUUUUAACGCUUAGAACCUUCCGUGAACGUUUCCCAGAAAUCGAUACCGUUGAUAACGACGAUUUGGGACACUCGACCAUGCAGGGUUUGACAGUGGGUCUUUACGAGGUGGGAUGCUUGGCAGCUGCGCUUUCCACCAUGUACUUGGGAGACAAGUUUGGUCGUUUGAAGAUGAUCUUUUCUGGUUGUGUGAUUAUGAUUAUCGGUGGUAUUUUGCAAACUGCCGCCACCAACACAGACUUUUUGAUUGUCGCUCGUGUCAUUUCGGGUUUGGGUAACGGGUUGCUCACAUCUACAGUGCCACUUUACGCUGCCGAGUGUUCUAGAGCCAGUAACAGAGGUAAGUCGCUUUGUAUCCACGGUUCGUUGAUCACUUUCGGUAUCUGUAUUUCCUACUGGAUCGAUUUUGCCUUCUACUUUACUGAGAAGUUCGGUGAGGUGUCCUGGAGAUUCCCCAUUGCCUUCCAGCUUGUGUUCCCUAUUGCCAUUGUUGCCUUUUUGUUUAAAUUCCCAGAAUCGCCUAGAUGGCUUAUGGGACAGUCUAGACCAGAGGAGGCUGCCCUUGUUUUCGCUUCUUUGUACGACAAGUCGCCAGACCAUCCUUUCAUUAAACAGUUGAUUGAGGAUAUCAGAAUCUCCUUGAACGCUGAAGAAAAGGCUGGUGGUAACAAGUUCAGUCUUAAAAACCUUCUCAAACAGGGCGAGCGUAAGAACUUCCACAGAGCCAACUUGGCUGCUUGGUCUCAGGUCAUGCAACAGAUUUGCGGUAUCAACUUGAUCACUUACUACGCUGGUACUAUCUUUGAGAGCUAUAUCGGUAUGGAACCAUUGGAGUCUCGUAUCUUGGCUGCCUGUAACGGUACUGAGUACUUCUUGGCCUCCCUUAUUCCUAUUUUCGUUAUCGAAAAGGUCGGCAGAAGAAAGCUUUUCCUCUUUGGAACUACUGGCCAGUGUUUGAGUAUGCUUUUCCUUUACGUUUCCAUGGAAAUGGCUAAACAAGACAAGCCAGGUGCUCCAAUCGGUGCUGCCUUCUUGUUGUUUGCCUUCAACACCUUCUUUGGUAUGUCCCUCUUGUCGCUCACUUGGUUAUACCCACCAGAGGUGUCUUCCUUAGAAGUCAGAGCUCCAACUACUGCUAUUUCUACUGCCUGCAACUGGGGAUUCAACUUUAUGGUGGUGAUGAUUACGCCUAUCGCUUUUAACAGUAUCGAUCACCACACCUACCUUAUCUUCUUUGGAAUCAACUUCUGCAUGGUUCCAGUGUUUUACUUCUUGUACCCAGAGACAAAGGGCAGAAGCUUGGAGGAAGUCGACUUGAUUUUCGCCGAGACCCCAGUCUGGAAGCCAUGGAGAGCUGUUCACAUUGCCGCUACCUUGCCAUACCUCCACGAAGAAGAAGGCAAGGUUUCUGACGUUGAGAAGCUCAAGGAGAAUGUCGAGCAUUUCGAACAUGGCUACGACUCUUCCAAGGGUCUGGAUUGA